GCGGGGGUUCGGGGGUAGCGCGUGUCGAGUGUUCCUCAUCCUCUGGAGUAGAAAACUCAUCUAAGAAUUGCAGUGAAGAAAAAAAAAUCCCCACUGUUUCUCUUCUACCAAAAUCUCUCUCUUUCGACAAUUCACAAUUCGCCGCGAAUCCACCUGUGCAACUGUGCUCAUCCGAGAAAAAUUAGUGCAGUGAUUUCGCCAAAUUUAAAUAGAAAAAUGUGCUAGUGAAAUUGAGCAGUUGUUGAGUUGAUCAUCUCGCCAAGUAUUGGACAUUCGAAACGUACUUUAAGUUCCGGUGGGGUCACCGGAAGGUGCUUGAGCGUGACGCCAGUCCAACGGAAAAACGUGGGAACGUGGGGAAAAUAACAGUUAAAUUUGGAAACCUCGACACGCUGAAAUCUCGAGAGAGAAAAAAAAAAGAAGGGAAAAAAGGGCAAUUGUCAUUGUUAGGAGGAGAAAAUGAGUGGAAUCGAACGAGUUGGAAGCUCUUGGAGGGCUUCGUCUGAGAAAGACAGGAGAAUAUGAACUCUCAUGAUCGAGAGAGAACCUGGAGAGACCGGUCAAUCCCACUCUUUCUGCUGAGGGCGUGACGUCAGUUAGACCUGGGGUUUUACAUGGUCUGAACGAGUAUGACCAGUUUUUGAAGGAGAAAGGCUAUCACUCUUAUAUUACGCGAGGGCUUUUCUACCUGUCGCGCGUCCUGUUACGACUUUCUUGAAAUUCGAAUUUCUCAAGAAUUUCUCAUUGUUUCUUCCCAAUUAUUUGGAAAAGCCGGCUCUUGCCUGUGAAUAGUGAAUGAAGAAUUUGAGUAAUUUUCUGUUGAUAGUGAGUAGGGGAUCUUGUGGGCUUGCGCAGAGGUUGGGUGAGCGCGUGCAGUGAAUUGUUGGAUCAGUGGACGUCCGAGUGGCGGUGGAGAUCGAUCGUCGAUCGCCGAUCGAUUGAUUAUCAGUUGGUUAGUGUUCUCCAUGAAAAGGCAAUAUUUGGGGAAAAUGUCCGGGUAACAUGGGACUGACUCAGUGGUUUGGCGGUUGUUGUGCAUUGAAAUUUAUUGAAUGAAAUCACAACUCUCAGUGGAUAUCAGUUUUGUGUUGCGAGGAGUUACUAAACGUUGUGAAAACAUUCGACGAGGUGAGAGGAGGUGGAUUAACGUGGACUUUUUUGGUGACUUGAGUAAGACUUGAGGUGGUUAAUUAGGGUGCUUUAAUCGGAGACAAAAUGGGCAAUCAUCCGUCCGCUCAUCAGCCACUCGAAAGGGCUACCAGCUAUGGGGGAAAUGUUCUCAGAUUAUCGAAACGAGAGAGGAGAUCACCUGGUAAACGAAUGGAUCGACUGAGGAGAAGUUUCAGGGAUAGUUUUAGGAGAAGGAAAGAUGCGCAUAUCCCAGAAUCUAGUAAACCACAUCAGUGGCAAUCCGAUGAAAGUGCUGUGAGAUCUGCUACUUGUGCAUUCCACGUUAAAUAUUUAGGUUGCGUGGAAGUGUUCGAAUCGAGGGGAAUGCAGGUUUGCGAAGAGGCUCUCAAAGUUCUGAGGAAUUCAAGAAGAAGGCCAGUGAGGGCGAUUCUCCAUGUGUCGGGGGAUGGAUUGCGGGUAGUGGAAGAUGAAACGAAGGGUCUCAUUGUCGAUCAAACUAUCGAGAAAGUCUCUUUCUGUGCACCUGAUAGAAAUCACGAGAAGGGCUUCAGCUACAUCUGCAGAGAUGGGACCACUAAACGCUGGAUGUGUCAUGGAUUCUUGGCACUCAAAGAGACGGGAGAAAGAUUGAGUCACGCAGUGGGAUGUGCAUUUGCUGCGUGUUUGGAGCGGAAGCAGCGUAGGGACAAAGAGUGCAGUGUCACCAUGACCUUUGACACCAGGACCUCGACAUUUACGAGGAGUGGCAGUUUCAGGCAACCGAGUCUCACUGAAAGGCUGCAGGAUAGUCGAGAAAGGGCAGUUGACGUUCCACCAGUUAGACAAGUGCACAACCCUUUCGCCAUAGAACGACCGCAUGCGACCCCAUCGAUGCUGGAGCGUCAGGGGUCAUUCCGUGGAUUCAAUCAAUUGAAUCAAGCAUCACCAUUCAAAAGACAACUGAGUCUGCGCGUCAAUGAUCUUCCCAGCAAUUUGGAGCGAACACGUAGCCAUAGUUUAGAGCCCACCGAUCUCACACGCCUGCCGCCCCUGCCGCACAUAAUGCCCCUCAGACCUCCCGACUUUGAUGGAUAUGGCGAAGUGAGUCCGAUACCUGAGAUAUCGCCCAGUGGACAGGACAGUCUUUCGGCGCUAUGUGCACAUAUAUCCCAUGAUCUCCAACUCCUAUCGAGACAAGAUGACUUUGGACCGCUGCCAUCAAACUCGGCGCUGAACUCAGUGACUGAGCAACUAUUUACAACCACCACAACGACCCAAGUGAAAACUAGUUCAUCCCUCGACGACCUGAAUCUGCAAAAUGGUUCAAGCACCUUGAACAACAACAUAAAUAAAAAUGCAAACAAUAACAACAAUGAUGAAGAAAUUAACGUCACAAUAAAUACAACGCAAGUGGAGGUAACCUGGCGAGACGGUCAAUCCCCAGUGGUGACGAAUUCCCGUCUUACUCCGGUUCUCAAUUCUACCAGUAACUUGACUCCCAUAAUGAGUAGAUUAAAUGCCUCGACGUUAACGUCAACGCCAGCCCUCCAGGGUGGUGGAGGACCAUUCGGCACACCCCCAACAGCCAGUCCAGCCUUCAGCACAGCCUCAACCUCCUCCAUGGGGAGUUCUAUUCCCUCGACCGUCAACAGAUCUCCCAUCCCCAUGAAUCAGAUGACUCCAGUGACAAGUUCACCGAAUGUCAGCGGUUCUACGACCAUUUCCACUGAUACCAGCGCAAUCGAAAAAAUCACGACGACAGAUCUCCCGAGACCAGAUCAGUGGCUUGGAAGUGUUACCGGAGCCGUUGCACCUUCUCAGACACCGAGAAGAGCACCUCCUCUACACGCACGAGCUCUUUCUCUGGGUUCAGCAAGUGUUUCUCCUUCAACUGGGGCCCGACCCAAUGAUCCCUUCGAUGCCGAAUGGGCGGAAAUCGCUGCGAGAAAUCUUAGGCAAGCAAACGCUGCUACUAAUCCAUUUAUCGUUCCAAAUGCAACACAAGCUUUUCAGGUGCAAUUGUAGCGUCCGGAAUUUAAUAACAGCAUUGCUGAUUUCUACAGAAAGUAUAUUUAGGAGAGGAGGACUCUUAGAGGUGAGAUGUUUUUGGGCUUUCUAGACUUUUCUAUUCAAUAUUUCCACAGGCAUUACGAACAAACAAAUAUAACAUCCCAAUUGAGAAAUAAUUCAUUAGCAAAGCUCAACAACUCAAUUUUCUCUCACCCCAAACCAUUUUCUCCACUUCGGUGAUGAAAAAAAGGCUCAUUUUCGAAAUAAAUAUAAUCCGGAAUAACCGUGCACUGUGGUAUACAUUUCAGCUAGUCUUAGAAGCGCACAAUAGCACAGUUAUGACUAAACAAAAAUAACUUAAUGAAAAAAAGUGCAACAAAUAAGCUUAUGACCAACCGCUUCCAGUCGAGGAUCAGCGGCACUUGUUUAUAUAAACGCUUUAAGGCGCCGCAUAUGUGUACUACUGCAAUUCGCAAAAAAAAAAAGAAAAAAAAAACGGCUGGUUUAAAUUGGUAAUUGCAAAAUGAGAAUGAACAAAAAAGGAGUAAAAUAAAUUUCAAGAUAUUGGGAGACACCAUUAAUUUAGUGCUUUUUCCGAUGAUAAAAAUGAGGUGAGGAUUAUUAUAUUUAUAUGCACCAUCAAACCUCUGCACGACGUUGAUUAAUGCAAAAAUGAUGAGAGGAGAAUGCAUAAUGAUGUACUUAGGCUUCCUUCCUAGAGAAAAUCGAUUUAUAUGAGUAAAUAGAUAAUCACAGGCAUGGAAAUGAAAUUAUAAAGAGAAUACUCGUACAGUAUUUGAUCGAGUUAACGAUAAUUGAUUUAUUAACCGUUGGGCUCAUUGUUACAAACAAAACAAAUAUAUAUUAUAUAUAUGAAUAUAAUGAUUGAUGACGUCGUGGGGGGUGGGGCAAAACGGGAGCUAUUAGUAUUAAAAUUAAUGACAUCUGAUGGUCGAUUUUGCUCCACCAUGUACGUGAAUUUUAUCAGUAUUGGCGUCGUGUGGCUUUCUACCCAGAGGAUAAGAACUAGCGGCGCACCCUUUUGGAUCAUCUUUUUAUCGGAAAUUUAGAAAAAUUGUAAGAAAAAUGAGGAAAAAACGAUGGGAUAAAUACAAAUGGUGGAUAUGAAUGACUGCCUCGAGUGAAAUAUAAACUCGAUGAGAAUUUUUCUACAGGAAAAAUUCCAUCUCUCUUGGACGCUUCCCAACUUUCUUAUACGCGUUGUACAUAAAAACAUUAGUUAUUUAAUUAUCUAUGAAUUAACUUGUAAAUCGUGGGGGGGGGGGAUGAAUUGGAAAAAAUUACGAAUUGAAUUCAUGGAUGAUACGCACGAAAAUAAUUCGAAGAAAAACUCAUGGCAUUCGUUAGAUUAUUCUAUUGAAUUUUUUUUUCCUACAUUUUCCAAUUGUGGAAGUGAUUGAUUUUACCACGUACUUACCUGAGCUGCUGAGCGCUCACGAUAAUCGGUAAGACUUGCAAAAAAAUAUUGAUAUAUAUUAAACUAAUGCAGAUAUUGAACUUGAUUUUCUUUCUUUUCUAUUGUAUGAUUUAUCUCGGUUUCAUCUUCAGCACGCUAUUGCACCUAUUUACUACAUUCCUAAACGAAAAUAGUAUUCCUCUCGGUGAUGAGUACACGCCCUCAUCACCGGGACUAUUUCAUUGUUAGUGAAGUAAAAGAAA